AGCGCUUUGCUGAGGAAACAACCAGUCUGUCGGUGAAAACGGCACGGUGGACAUCAGUGUCGCUAUUGAAGAGCGAUUCAGCCGGUGACCGUUCAUUUCUCGCGAGAACGCAUCGCAAUUAGAACCGAAAUCACGUGAGAAAGUGGGAGAAAGUGCUCCGAUUCGUUUUCCGAGUGCAUUCCUGUCAACGUUCUAUCAGACGCAAUACCGAAGAUGAGAUAGUGCUUUAACAACUGUAGAAACUAUCGUGGAUUUACGUCUUAGGAGAGAAGGAGAAAAAGGGAGAGAGAAAAAGAGAGAGGACUAAAAUAAACGGUUUCUCUCGUAAUUUAUACAAUUACUCGUUGAUGAAUUAGUAGUGCCCAAAUAUGGCGGUAAAUAAGAUUCAUAGUAUGUGGAAACUGGGCAGAGUUAUCGCGGAUGCUGGGAUCAGAGCCCUGAACCCUGCGCUAAGGCGUGCGUCGACCUUAACGCAAAAGAAAAUUGUAGAGGGGCCAAAUGGCGAGAGAAUCAUUCAGUCGCCGUAUGGUGAAGUACCGUAUAUUCCCGACAUGUUGAUCCACGAAUAUGUUUGGGACAAAAGCGAGAAUUAUUCUAAUAAAAUUGCAUUGGAAUGCGGCUUGACUGGUAAAAAGUACACCUUCGCGCAAGCCAAAGACGCAACAAAUUAUAUUGCUAAAAGUUUGCACAAUAUCGGUCUGAAGAAAGGUGACGUGAUAGCACUGGUGACACCCAAUCUGCCGGACUCAAUUUUAAGUUUCCUUGGAAUUUUGUCAGGUGGAUUCAUCUGCACUACUAUAAAUCCGCAGUAUACGCCCGACGAAAUCUCGAGGCAGUUGCAGAAGUCCAACGUAAAAGCGAUUAUUACUUCAACUGCGAUUGCAUCCACGGUGCUUACCGCGGCGAACUCCUGUCUUCCACCUCAAACACCUUUUAUUGUGAUCAACGAUCAAAUUAAUCCAAUGCCGGAGGGUUGUAUACCUUUCGAUGAUCUCAUAACGCGCGGCAAAUCAUUGUCAAAUAUAGUUUUGAGCAGGAGCUUAAUAAACGAUGUCGCGGUUUUGCCAUUUUCAAGCGGCACGACUGGAUUACCAAAGGGUGUUAUGUUAACACAUAGAAAUUUGGUGUCUAACAUGGAAAUGGGCGAGAGCUCUUUAGACGAUAGCAUAUUCUACCCCACUACAGAUACAUUUCAAGAAGUGUUACCUGCAGUACUACCGUUUUUUCAUAUCUACGGAUUAAAUGGUGUGGUAUUGCCGCGUCUCGCUAAAGGCGCUAAAAUAAUUACCAUUCCAAAAUUUUUACCGGAGUUAUAUUUAAAAGUAUUGGAGAAAAGCAAGGCGACUCUGUUAUUCUGCGUGCCACCAAUAGUACUGUUCUUAACGGCUUCUCCCCACGUGCAGAAACAUCAUUUGGAGCAUAUUCAUUGCCUUGUCAGCGGCGCCGCGCCGCUCGGCCAGUCGGACGUCGAAAGAUUCUACGAGAAGUUUAAGUUCAAUAUCGACAACUUAAAAUUUCAUCAAGGCUAUGGAUUAACAGAAUCUUCGCCAGUGGCCUUCCUUGAAGCUACAUCAAAGAAAUUUUCCAGUAUUGGGAAAAAUAUUGCGAGUUGCGAAGCACGUUUGGUAGACAUAACUACUAAACAGGAUGUCAGCAGUCCCGGUCAAACCGGCGAAUUAUGGAUCCGAGGACCUCACAUUAUGAAAGGAUAUUUGAAUGACGAAACUGCCACGAAGGAAACCAUAACUGAAGAUAAAUGGCUGAAGACCGGUGACAUUGCUUACUACGACGAAGAUUUCGACUUUUACAUUACGGACAGGUUGAAGGAGCUUAUUAAAGUUAAGGGAUUCCAGGUACCACCGGCGGAACUGGAAGCGUUGCUGCGGUCGCAUCCAGACGUGCAGGAGGCGGCAGUGAUUGGUAUUCCGCACGAGAGAUACGGCGAGGUACCGAAAGCGUUCAUAGUGGCGAACAAGAAUAAGAAACCCACCGAAGACGAGAUUAAGAACUUCAUAAAAGGAAAGGUCUCCGAAUAUAAGGAGCUCGAAGGCGGAGUCACGUUCGUUACGGAUAUCCCGAAGAACGCAAGUGGCAAGAUUUUACGAUCGCACUUGAAGAAGGAAUAUACGUAGUCUUAACGUUAUCGGGAUGACACUUGACAAAAUUUAAUGUGUAAUAGACAACAAACACGCGCAAAAAUAGGAUUGUUAUUUUAUAUAUCUUAUAUACAUAUAUAUUUUAUACAUACUUUAUAUAUAUAUAUAUAUAUAUAUAUAUAUAUAUUACAAUAUAUACGUAUAUCUAAUAUAUAUAUAAAAUAUGUAUAUCUUACAUAUGUUUUGCUCAACAAUAUUGUAAAUAACAGCGUGUAUAUAGAAAUAAGGUAUAAAAUUUAGAAGUCAUAAGCUGUGUCUUUCAAAAACCACAACAGAGGCAACGACAAAUUUAAUUUGUAACAUUUUGAAAAGUUUAACUACUAACCGUUGAAAAGUUUACUUCAUCGUUUUCUGAUGUCUUCACAUAAUUAAGAAAAUGUGAUAAAAAGUAUAUAUUUUAAUACUUUUAUACGUGUAGGAUAAUUAGAAGAAGUAAUUUGUGUUAGAGAAACCAUAUAGUAAAUUGAUUUAGAAAUUUUAGAGGAGACUUUAUUUAAAAUGGACUUGUACGAGUUAGAGGAUGUUCUCUUCAGAACAAAAUAAUUUUUAUUUUCUUUGUAUCUUCAAAAAAUAAUUAUUAGUUCCAAAAGUGUUGAUGUUUCAAGGUGCAGCUUAUAUACCUUAUGUACUUCAAGAAACAUAUUAUAUUUCGGUGAAACUAUUGUACCUUUCCUUUACAAUUUUAAUGUUUACGAUUUUUGCGGUACAACUUAUUAAUAUUUGAUAUUAUUGUUAUUAUUAUUACAUUUUAAUAUUUACUACUAUUGUUGUUAUUGCAUUUACUGCGCAUUGCGCAGUUGAUUCGAUCUUUUUGAAAUUGUUGUAUCUUAAUUUUAUAUUUGACAUGCUAACAGUCUUUUAAAUAAAAUUCUGUUUUAUAUAUCUAUGCAGCAAUUGA